AUGCUCCCCUGCGCGGGGCCCGGCGUCGUCGUCUCCGUCGUCGUGGUCGAGGCGGCGGCGGAGGGCGUCCGAGGAGCGGGGCCCGGCGGACGCGGCGCCCUCGCCGCCCUCCACGCCCGCCUCGCCCGCCGCGCCCUCCCGCGCCUCUCCGAGCGACACGGGCUCCUCGAGUACGCCCUCCCGCUCCCCGGAGACCCCGACGGAGGCCCCGGCCCACCCCCGGGCGCCGACACCGACUGGCUCCUCGAGGCCGCCGACCGCGCCCGCAGCGCCCGCACCGACGCCGGGGACCCCAGUGCCCUCGCCCACGCCGCCUGCCCGCGACGCGUCCUCAGCGCCGGCAAGGGGAAGCUGCCCUGGGAGAGCCACCAGCAGCACCUGCAGCAGCAGCGGGGAGAACCGUUCUCGACAUCAAACGAUUUCUUCCAUUCUCCAAGACUGAGGCCUUCUCAGGGUGCGAUGGCCUCUCACCAGCCUCCGCUGUCGGGAAAACACGGGCUGCUGAGCUUCUGCGGAAAGAGCGGCAGCGUAGAUUCCGACUUGCAGUUCCUCGGUCUGAGUAACCACCGGCACGAGACAGACUCCAUCCGCGCCAGCCUCAGUUUCACCAGCAAGCCCCAGCGGACCUUCUGUAGCCCACCUGAGCCUGCUCCGCCUCUCCUGGGCUCGCACACCACCCCGGGGGCGUUCGUCCUUCCGUCCUACCCCUUCUCGUCGCCCGGCCACAGUCCAAAGCGCGCCUCCCCUCCGGCGGAUCCGCUGAAGAGGUCACCAGGGCACGGGGUCAGCUUCUCCAAUUCCUGGCCGCUUAAGAGCUUCGAAGGCCUUCCGAAACCCACUGCCCAGAAGAAGUUCUCCAGCCCGGUGGCCGGAGGGGACACAGAGGCAAAGCCCCAGGACGCCCCUCCGAUCCAGCUGAAACCCGCCUUUGUGAGAUCUCCGGCUUCACGGAAGGGCCUGAGCGGAACCAAGCCAGUGCCCCCCAUCCCCCGGGGCGUGAGCCCCUUGCCCGAGAGAGCGGGAGGAUUCCGCGACAUGGGGCACAAGAACGGGGAGCCGGAAGACACCUGGUCCAACGCGAGGGACGGGAGGCUGGCGAUCGACCUGUCAGAGCUGGACAUCAACGAGAAGGAGCUCGAUGAGGAGGAGGAGAUGCAGAGUUCUCUCCGGUCUCUGCGUAACAGCGCCGCCAAGAAGAGGGCCAAGCUGAGUGGCAGCACGUCUGACCUGGGGAGCCCAGACUCUCUCCUGAAACUAGACCUGACCUCCGAGUCCCCUUCUUGCUUGUCUUCCCCCAGCACCAGCUCCUACAGCGAAAGCGGGGUCUAUAGCCAGGAGUCGGUGACAUCCCCACUCUCUGCGGAGCCUCAAGGAGGGAGGACUGUGUCAGACAUUUUCCCUCUAGGAGGCAGCUCCCGGCCCAUGAAAAUCUCACCAUCACGGCAUCGAGGUCCCAUCGUCCGAGAACAGAGUCUUGGCACAGGGACCGUCUUUGGCGACACGGUGGCUUCCAGCAUGAACGUCAGCAGUCAGUAUCUCAGCUACAGCAACGGAUCGAGAGAUUACGAGGAUGACCGGCAGAAAGCAGCGAUGCCCGUCGCCUUGAAAGGGCAGAGCAAAGAGCACCAAAGGCACAGCAGGUCCACAAAAGGAUUUGCGGGGCCUUCCUCGAGUUUCCAGCAGCUGGACGGUCUAGGCUUCGUCUCACCGAGUGCCUUGGCGGAGGAUUCCGUAGUCAUUGUUGGGAAAGGGAUGUUUGAAAGCUCACCUUCGGCUUCACUCACCUGCGGCCAGUCGCUGACGUUCCCGGCGGAGAAUGGAGACGCGCCUUCCCUCAAAGCCAGCGUGGAGCCUCUUUCGGGGAUCUACGGGAGAGCCGUCCCGCAGCAGAACCCUGCACCUGACCUGGACGUGGACGUUGAGAGAGAUGUGAAGGUGGCCCUAUCCAAGUCCGCUCGGGAAAAAAUGCGACAGAGGAAGAAAGAAGAAAAAGAGCACCGGGAAGGUGGAGAUCUCGAAAGGAAGGAACCGAGCCCUUGGGAACUCUUGAAGCAAAAUGACUCUGAAAAGAUGGCACCGGAAACGAGAAAUGCGUCCUUCACUCCUCUGUUGAAGAGAACCUCAAGUGUAAAACGAACGCAGGCUGCAGCCCCUGGAGAAUCAGCAGGUGCACGGAUGCCGUUCAGGGACGGGACGCUGUUGAUCACGCGCAGCACAGAGAUCGUGGGACCCACGGAACUGAGGCCUUUCUCCAAGCCGGAGGUGGCUCUUUCAGAAGCACUGCAGUAUCUCGUCGAUGAUGAUUGGGAGAAGAAGAUGGAAGGCCUUAACGCCAUCAUGUGCCUGUCUGCCCACCACCCCGAUACGCUGAUCGCAAAGCUCCACGAGACCAGUCUGGCUGUCGUGCAGGAGGUGAAGAAUCUGCGCUCCGUCGUGUCACGAGCGGCAGUCCUCUGUCUGGGCGCCCUGUUCAGCCACCUGAAGAAGAGCAUGGACCAGGAGCUGGACGGCACGGUCAAGGUCCUCCUGCACAAGGCCGGGGAGUCGAACACCUUCAUCCGGGAAGACGUCGACAAAGCGCUGAGGGCGAUGGGGAGCAGCGUCACGCCCGCCCGCGCGCUCGCUGCGCUGAUCAACGGAGGCCAAAGCCACUUGAACACAGCAGUGAGGAGGUGUGCAGCCCAGCACCUGUCGGACAUCGUGGAGCAUUUGAGACCAGGGCGCGUCUUGUCCGGGAUCAAGGACGUCACAGACAAGGUUUUGUCUGCCGUAGCCAAAUUUGUUCAGGACAGCUCACCGGAAACAAGGUACUACGGCCGGAAGAUGCUCUUCACCUUGAUGACGCACGCAGACUUCGAGAGAAUGCUUGAAAAGUAUGUGCUGCCCAAGGACUUGCCUUAUGUCAAAGAGAGUGUCAGCAGUCUGAGGCAGAAGGGACUGGGAGAGAUGCCCAUCGUCACGCCCUCGGCCAAAGGCAGGCGCUCGCACAUCAGCGCCACGGACAGUUCUCGGUCGGCUUCGGUGUCACGGGACACGCUCAGUGCCGGGGACAGAGAGAUGAGAGAAGUGUGUGAAAUGACCAGGAAACUGGGCCCCCGCAGCGCCUUGGAAAGUGCAGAGUACGUGAAGGUCAUAACGACUUCCCUGAACGCCAAGGACUUUCGGGAGCGGAUCAGUGGAAUCAGACAACUGUUAGCAGACACAGAAAGCAACCCGGACCUGGUGGCUGCCAACAUUGUGAAGAUCUUCGACGCCUUCAAGCCUCGCUUGCACGACUCCAACAGCAAAGUGAACCAGGUGGCCCUGGAGACCAUGCGCCAGUUGAUCCCCCUGCUGAAGGAGAAGCUGUCCCCGGUCAUCCACAUGCUCAUUCCUGCCUUGGUGGACAACAACCUCAACUCCAAGAACCCGGGCAUCUACGCUGCCGCCACCGGCGUCAUCCACGCCCUUUGCCAGCACUUGGACAAUUACCUGCUCCUCCAGCCAUUCUGCACAAAAGCCCAGUUCCUGAGCGGAAAAGCCAAACAAGACGUCACUGAAAUACUAGCCGAGCUCGUCGUCGAGUUGUAUCCCCGGAAGCCUCACGCCGUGGAGCAGAAAGUCCCAGUGGUUUUGUGGCACCUCUUGGGCAGCAUGACCAACAGCGGCUCCUUGCCCGGAGCCGGCGGGAACAUCCGGGCGGCCACCGCAAAGUUGUCAAAAGCACUUUUUGCACAAAUGGGUCAGAACCUGCUCGUCCAGGCCGCCUCCCAGCCCCCGCACAUCAAAAGGACUUUGGAGGAAUUCCUCGACCCAGCCACCUGAAGCGGACUCGGCAGGGGGGGCCGUUCAGAGACCGAGCCCGUCGCGGGUGACCGUACUGGGUGUACGUGGAGCGGAGCGGUCUCUGGGGUGGUUCUUUACAGUGCCUGUGUCGUUCACGCAGAAGCGGACUCGGCGUGGCGGCCCCGAAUGACCCACCGAGGACGGCUCGGCUGUUCCAUUAAAGUCCUGCACCGUCAGAGGUCAGUGUGACCCUUGGAGCUUCGUCUCUUCCCGGGUGCUGUUCCAACAUCCCAUGGAAUCGGGAGCGGGUGCCUUGGGAGGCAAAGUCCAGCCUGGCUUGUUUGCCCUCUCCUUGGCCCUGAGGCACAGUGCCCCUGCACACACUCACGGAGAUGAAAAUAUUAAAAGUAGGAGUAGUUUUAAUCAUGAAAUCAUGUUAUGACACAUCCUUUCUCGUAGCCUUACAUGGGAACACACAAAGUCCUUGGGACACACACACACACACACACGCAUCUGACAAACAGGGUUCUGUGUGACGUUUGUGAACAAAAGAUGUCUUGUCUGAAUCAGUCCCGCCCACGACUGCACAGUGUUAGCGUUGCUCCCCCUGCUGCCGAGGACGAGCCCCACCCUGCUUGACACUUGGGCGUCAUCGUCUGCACACUCUUCUAACCAGUCACAAUGAAGCACGUUGACCAAAAUUUAUGGGAGAUGGAUAAUUUUUAGAGGUUUCGAAACGACACAUGUCUUAAAAGAAGCGUCAACGUGUUGAAAUGUCACUUUCGUAUUUUUAGCGUGGAAAGACAAGAUUGAAUUUUAUCUCUGUCCAGAAUUUAUAAAGGUGUUCACUUCUCUACCCUGCUGUGCAAUCCUCAGCGGUAUAGUGCCAGUUCUCCUCCUCCUCCUCCUCCUUU